UACGAAAAUAUUAUGUGUUGAUAACCCAAGGAUAAAGUUUUCUCGCGAUACUAAAUUAACAAUGUGGAAUCAAUUCUUGUAGAUCGGCCAUAGAUGUCAUUUCUGUAAUAGCAGACGAAAAGACGCCAUUGUUGUUUUCAUUUUUCACAAGAGAGAUACAGUAAAACUUGCUUCUAGUUUUCGAUAAUUAAUACAGUAGUUGUAGAUCAUUUCAAAGGCUCGCAACAUUCCUGCUCAUAAUCCGAUUCAUCCCAGAAUUGUGUUCUCAAGGUUAACAAAGGCGAUGAACCCGUACGCUGUUAUCUAGAAUGAAUGAAACUAUUGGAAGUUUCCACUUUCACUCUGAUUUUGACUCUGGGAACUUGGCGAAGGUGGUGAUUAACGAAAAAAAUGACAAUGAAUUUCAUCUUUGGACACUGCCUGACUGUGCCAACACACCUUAUGAAAAUGGUAACAGGACAUGGUUCUACUUUGGAGUUAAAGGACCAUGCAAUACCACAGUAAAGUUUAAUAUUAUGAAUCUUAACCGACAAGCAAAGCUGUAUAGUCAAGGAAUGAAGCCUCUAUACAAAGUACUCCCUCAUCAAGAACAGUGGGAGCGCAUAAAAGACAAACCAUUGUGCAGCAUGGAAGAUCAAAGCUUUGUAUUAAGCUUUAAGUUUACCAUGCCAUUGGAGGAGAAUUCUACCGUCUACUUUGCCUUUUGCUAUCCUUACUCAUAUUCUGACUUGCUUUGUGAUUUGGACGCGCUGGAUGCCCGAUUUUCAGCCAGAGAAGGAAACAUUUAUUUCGGCCGGGAGCUUUUGUGCAAUUCCUUGGAGCAACGACGGGUUGACUUAGUAACUGUAACACGGAAUGGAGACGAAAAUCGUCGUGAUAAGCCUGUUGUUUUCGUUAGCGCUCGAGUUCAUCCAGGAGAGACACCUUCGAGUUUUGUUUUGAAGGGUUUCAUGGACUUUAUUUUGAAAGAGGACGAUAUCCGUGCACAAAAACUGCGCGAGAAUUUUAUUUUUCUGCUGGUCCCCAUGCUUAAUCCUGAUGGAGUGUACCGAGGACACUACAGAACUGAUAGUCGAGGAGUUAAUCUCAACAGAGUAUACCUUGAGACGAACGCUGAAGUGCAUCCGACUAUUGCUGCCACCAAACAGCUUUUGAUAGAUCUGGCCAAAGAGGACUUGGUUAUGGAAACAAAUUCCAUGUGUAAACUAGAACAGCAGGUUAAAGAUGCGCUGACGGUAGAAACAGAUGAUUCUAACUGCCGGGACACUUCGGACACAUUAUGGCCACUUAGCUUUAAAAAUGAUGGCGGCCGCACGAACUUUGCUGGACUUCAAUUUCCAAAUACCUCGGAAGGAGCUGCUAUAUCGAUGUCGUCGUCAGCCAUCCUUAGUGGAAGUACACUUGAGGGCGCCGAAGAGGGAGACGUUAGUGCGCAAUAUUUUGAUGUCGCUCCAGCAACAUCCCCUGCAGCUGUUCCGUCCAGCAAAUCUCGACUGUUUGCCUACAUAGACUUACAUGGCCAUGCGUCUAAAAGAGGCAUCUUUAUCUAUGGAAAUCAUUUCAAAGACGCAAACCAGCAAGUCGAGUGUCUUCUCCUGCCAAAAUUGAUCUCGCUCAACAGCCAACACUUUGAUUUCUGGGCUUGCAAUUUCUCUGAAAAGAACAUGCGGCAAAGAGAUAAACGUGACGGAUUAAGCAAAGAAGGGUCCGGUCGUGUCGCCAUUUCGAAGUUGACUGGCAUCCCGAGGAGUUACACGCUCGAAUGCAACUAUAACACUGGACGUAUGCGUAAUAUUUUGAGCCCCCUGCCAACGGAUAAGUUUCCACUGUUUCACGCAACUAGUGCUGAUGCCAAAGAUGACGAACGUUUAGAGGGAUCAACCAUAUCGCGCAGAAGGACUGUCAGUGCCGGACCAAGUUUAACGGAUGCAUUUGCUCCACCAGUUCCUUAUGCAGAGCAAUCGUUUCAGGAGGUUGGCGAAGCUAUGGCCGUGUCACUUCUUGAUCUUAUUGGGGCCAAUCCAAUGAGUCGUCUACCACAAUCAACUUACGGAGACGUUGAAGGGGCUCGUCAAUGGAUUCGACUUCACUGCCUAGGACAACGCCGAUUCCCCUUUGUGGAAGCCGAUGCCGACGAAGAAAGUGCCGGUUCUCAUCUACCCUCUAGCGUUGCAACAACAAACUCACUUCAACAGGUUUCUCAGCGAGAUUCUCUAGCCCUCGCCACCACUUCGACACCCACGACUGGCGAUUUGGCUUCGACUGUCAUGUCCCACUUGCCGGCAAAGAGACUUUCGCCAGGGAAAAGACUACCCAAAUCCAGAGACAAAACUAAUCGUGUUCGUGUUCGUAAGCCUUGGCCUGGCAGUCCCCGGAUUAAGGAGUCGCCCAAUCAGAGCCCCAAACAACAGGGACCAUCUCCGGUGGACUUUGCACCCUCCUCACCCAGCUACCAGCACUUUCCCAAGCAGGUCAAAAGCCCGCCGAGUGCUCGUCGUGUUCCCAGGAAAAAGUCUUUGAGGAAAACUAAAGUUCAACCCGUCGUGAAGAAGGAUGGAGUCGUUGACGUCGAACUGAAUGCUACACCACACGCUACUUCUCCAGCUUCACCGCCCAAGCAAUUGCUUAAGCGAAAGCGUCGCAAGUCUAGAACCAUCAGUCUCAGCGAAAGCUGUAAAGAAAAACGGAAGUUUAAGGGAUCACCCGUAGCGGUUGCGGCGGUUGCGGCUGCAGUAGUAGCUGCCUCUGAUAAUAAUCAUCCCACAGAUGUGGACUAUUCUCAGCCUUCUACCUCGGCAUCUACUCGCUCGCAAACAAAAUCGGUGCUAGUUAAAAAGAAAAAGUUGCUAAAAAAACGUAAUGCCACCAGCGUUCUUCAGAAGAAAAAACGAAUCACUCUUAUUACCGAGUGAUGAUGAUGCUAGUACCACGCAUAAAUCAUUUCUCCUUCUCAUUCCCUUAUUAUUAUUAUUAUUUUUUAUUUGAUUAUUUUUUUGUUUUUUGUUAUUACUUAAUAUUUAGGACACUUAAGUAAUCAAUCUGAUUUCACUACGUAGCUUAGUUCACUUCUCUGGUCGUGGCAAAACACGCUCAAAAUCUAUUGAUGACUUAAAUAACCAUACUUGCAAUCAUCCAAAAAGAAAGUAUAGUUAUUCGUUGAUUAACGAACAUAUUGGCUGUUCUGUUCGAGAGAAAGUCUCCAAACGAAGCUGUAUGUAUUCAGUUCUAUCACACUCAGAAAAUGUGGAAAUCCAGCCUCGCUAUUCAUAUACGUAUGAAGAAACUAUGAAUAUUUAUUAAAGAAGAUCCUUUGAUGUAAAACGAACAAACUCUUGUAAAAAUCGUGUUUUCAGUUGAACUUUGCACGGAAGAAAAAUACAGUAGAUGCUGCGCUUUUCUGUUUCACAACUAGACGACCUCUGUCCUGUUUUCUCAUGUAUCGUUUUAUUCUUUUAGCAAGAUAGUCAGAAAUCCAUUGCGUCCUUAAAC